AUGAAGGACAGCGAGCAGGAGCAAAUGGAAAUGGCUGCUCAAGGGCGGCUACCAAGCAAUCAAGGCUUGUCCUCUCGUCAAAAAGGCUACAUGAUAGUGGCAGCUGGAUUCAUCGCGAACUUCUUCGUAUUCGGGUUUGCAUUCACUUUUGGUGUAUUUCAAGAUUUUUACCUAAGUCAAAGUGGCCCUCUGUCGGGACGAUCUACUUCAUCCGUUUCGGUUAUAGGAACUGUAGCCACGGCGCUAACAUACAUGCUGACCCUGUUGAAUACCGGUUUAUCUGCUUACUUUUCUGUUCGCCAAAUUAUGCUUUCUGGGGCCAUUCUGAUGUCUCUGGGGUUUAUUGCGGCUUCAUUUGCCCAUGAAUUGUGGCAAUUUUCGCUCAGUCAGGGUCUAUUGUUUGGGAUUGGAGGUUCGAUGGUUUACCUGCCUCCGGUGGUUCAUGCCCCACCCUAUUUUACCUCGCACAGAGGUAUCGCAAUGGGCUUGUUGUUUUCUGGUACGGGGGCUGGUGGCCUUGCGUUGGCACCGCUGACAAGGUAUCUAAUUACAAAAUUUGGAUGGCAAUGGGCUUUAAGAAUAUGUGGCAUUAUCGGAUUUGCUGCCCUCGCCCCGGCAAGCCUUUUGGUUCACCCUUAUGAUCGGACUGCGGCUGCCAAGGUCAAAAAUCCCCCUAGACUGAACUUGAAAGUUAUGACCAGUGACAAGUUCAUCCUGCACAUGAUGGGCGCCUCUUUGCAAUCUGCUGGCUAUCUGAUACCUACUUAUUUUAUGUCAUCGUACGCGCAGACGUUGGGAUUCACUUAUAACCAGGGUGCCGUUUUCAUUGGGAUUAAUAACACUGUUAAUGCCCUUUCUAAAGUUGUUGUUGGAUUUUUUUCAGAUCGAUUUGGUCGCUUGAAUAUGCUUGUGAUAUGCGGUCUACUGAGUUGUAUUACGAUCUUUGCUCUGUGGCUCGUAACCACUCGAGGUGCUUUCAUCGCGUUUGUGAUAUGUUAUGGCGUAGCAUCAGGCCCGAUAGUCUCUCUUCUACCAACUUGCAUGGCUGAGCUCUUUGGUGUUCAAAAUUAUCAGGCGACUUCCUGGUUUCUUUAUUUCUGCAGGGGUAUCGGCACUUUUCUGGGGUCGCCCAUUGCUGGACUGUUAAUAUCAAAUAAAAAUGCCAGAGCAGCAGACUAUCGCAAUGCAAUAGUAUACAAUGGGGUGCUUUUCGCUGUGAGCUUUUUCUGUCUUUGUUGGGUACGCUUCAGAGAGGCGUAUAACAGUGGCUGGAAAAUUAAGCAGUAA